CGAGCUACUUGCGUGGGCACCAACUCGCAUCUAAACCCUUCCCAAGUUCCCAUACAGCCCCAGAGAGAGAGAGAGAGAGCGCGGGGGAGAGAGAUGUCUCACUCGCCGUCGGGAUCAAGCGCGCCGGCGCGGUCGGCGGGGGAGGAGGUCUCCGCUGACGCGGCGACGGAGGAAGGUGGCGAGUCCAAGCUCUCGGCGCUUCUCUUCGACGUAUCGCAGCAUGUUCAGGAUGGCCUCCAGAGCAUGCUGAAGAUGACCGGCGAGAUCGAGCAGUGUGGGGGCGAGAUCGAGGCAGAGAUCGAGCAGGCGAAGGAGGGUGUGGCUGACAAGUGCAGGAUGCUCGAGGAGGAGAAGGAGAGGUUCCAGAAAGUGGCCCUCGCCGCGCUCAAUAUCCUGAGCGGCGGCAUCUGAAGCCAUGAACCUGCCUCCAGGUGAAACAAGACCGAUCCCUGUAGCUGCCGUCCUCUGCAGAUCACAGUUUGUGUGCAAGCCUGUACAAGGAACCUCCAAUAGUACUAGACCAUAUGUGAUUUGAGUGUUGCCAAUUGUCGAUUUGUCACCAGGGUUAGACACCUUUCUUCUGCUUAUAGCCUGUCAGCCAUUUGGACCAGCGCCACGGUGUUGUGAAUUCUUACGGGCGGUAUGAUCUAGGGGAAUACGAAGUACGUAGUACUAUCUGUGUUAACACAGAGCUCAGCUUACAUUGUUACAUAUAAGUAGUACAGGAGAGCAGAUAACUUGCCUA